AUGAUGAUUCAUCUCACGAUGCCGACCGUUGUGUCGGCAGAGCAGCACAACGUCCCCAUCCGCGGCAUGAAGGUCGACAAGGCGACGCAAGUCGACGUUGAUUUGGAGAACAUGUCCAAGAUCUUGUCCAGUGUGCGCUCGUCGGAAACCAUCGAAAUCAUCCCGUUCCAAAUGGAAUCCCUUGGCGGAGCGACUGCUAUAGUCACCUCGAAUGGAACUUUGCGCCUAUUACAAAGUCCAAAUGGAGCAAUCGCUGCCGUUGGUCCUAAUUCGGGAUAUGUCACCCUGGCAGCCGCACCAGGCACCAUGAGUGCCACGCAGUUCAUCGCGACUGCCGCCGCACCGGUGCAGGGUCAUGAAGAAAUCACCGCCGUUGGUCAUCAUCAUCUAACUCCGGCACAGAUAGAAAUCAGUGCCAGCCAAGAGCCUGAGCAUGAGGCGGGAGAAGCUCAGCGGGUGGUGAAGAUGGAAAAGAAGUCGUCGUCGUCCCACGCGCGCCCAUACGGCUGCGAUGAAUGCAGCCGAAGUUUUCGAUUCGUCGAAAACUUGCAGAAGCAUAUCCAGCAGGGCCACUCUGAGGAGACCAAGCCGCACAAGUGCGACACGUGUGGGAAGCGCUUCCCCCAUCAAUGGAAUUUGAAUCGGCAUAUCCAGUCGCAUACGGGCGAGCGGCCGCACAUAUUCGGCGGCAGUCUGGGUUUAAUGUUUUUUCGUCGCGGUAUCCAGUGGCCCGAUGUGUUCUCCCUGGAUCACGGUGGAAGCAGUGGUGGGACGAUUCAGUAUGAGCAGUUACAGCCAGCCGACCCGGGUCCAGUGCACGUGGUCACGACGACGAUGCCAAAUGCUCCCAUUAUGCACACACAACACGUCACAGUAUUGCAACAGACACCAGCUGAAUCUCUCACACCACCUCCAGCGCCGCAGCCGCCGGCGAAGCAAGAAGCGCCCCAGCAGCAACAGCAAGAUUCAAAACCUGUCAUCACUCCGACAGCGAGCUACGUUUGCAACGAGUGUGGGAAAAGUUUCACAAAUCCGAAUAACCUGAGCAGGCACAAAAAAAAUCACAACGCGUUUCGGCCAUAUGCCUGCCAUGUUUGCGACAAGCGGUUCUUCCAGCGUCCCUACGUGUGUCCGCAAUGCAAUAAGGCCUUCAACCAGUCGACUCACUUGUACAAGCACAUCAACAUCCACCAGAAGCUGCCGCAUGCGUGUCGUCGCUGUGGAGAACGGUUCCGCUACAAGACGGAGCGGGAACGGCACAAGAAGGCGGUGCAUGCCAACAGGGACGACAUGAAGCCGAACGUGGUGGGCAUGCAUCACGUGGAAGGUGACGAGGAUGACCACGGCGGCGACCACCUCCGUCACCACAAUCUGAGUUCACUCACGCCGUCGUUGGUCGUUAGCCGUCGUCAAGAUGAUGACGAGGAUCGCGAUCGGGGUGGGGAUGACGCCGUCGGCGCGGCAGUCAUAACGACAACCACGACGACGACGACAAACUCCGCAGGUGUCAAGAUGGAAGCUCCGUCAAACUACGAUGCCCAGCACGCCAUCGAAAUGAAGUACGACAGCAAGGGGGCCAUUACGAGUGCAACAGUCGAUGCGUCUGCCUUGCGCGUGGUUCAUGACGGGAAACUGGACACUGGCGAGCUCCAGUUUCAAGAUCAGUUUAUGGACGGAAAGUUGGGGGACAGCGAUGGUAGCGGAGAACAGGCGGACAUGCAGUUCCAACAGCGUUACCUAUCGCAUGACUUCAUCUCUUCGUGAGAGCGAUGAUCCGAUGUCGGCUUCAUGGGGGGACAAAAAUGGCAACUGCAGAAGUAAUACCAGGAAAAAAAUGUGCGGCUAAUGUUCCAUUAUCCUCCACUCAGAAGCGCUUGUGUGUUGCACUAAGAAUCGGUUCGUGUUUCUGCGAGAAGCAUUCCGAAGCCCAUGCUGAACAGUUCAAAUCCCUUUCAGAAACUUCAUGCCAUGAGGCUGAGUGUCAAAUGACAAGUUGUUUUUGUUUAUCUCUCUAUUCUGACCCCGCCCUUUUAGAAUUUCAUGCCAUUGUAUGCUAAUACCUCACUACAACUGUUUCAAAAAUAAGGAAUACGGUAAGUCGGGAACUUCUGACUGCGCACACCAGUUUUAAAAAUUGAGCAGCUAAAUGAGAGUCCUUGAAUCCUCGAGGGGGAGGGAACUGGUCAAGCAAAAAAUAAAAUCCUGGGAAGAAUAUUCCUGCAAUGAGUGCAUCGAAGAAAAGAGGUUAAUAGAGUAUGCCCGAGGUCGCUUUGUGUGCCAUGCCCAGAAACAUUGAACGAGUUUUAUCACCGCAAAAUUGAAGGUACCAACGACGGUGUUGGAAUCCGCGGCUUUGGGUUCUUUUCUAUUCUGCUUUGUAACCUUUUUUGUGUGAGGACGUCGAGUAUUUAUUGGAAUCUGUGUAUAACGACGGCGUGAGUUGUCCAUUGAAUCGAUCUCUUGUUGAAAACGGUCAUUGCGCCUUGAGGAAGAAACGCAGGUGUCCCUCAGAAGGCGGUUAGUUUUAGGUAUUCGAUUCAGGAGCGAAAAAGUUAUGCAUUGCGCAUAGAUGAGAUUCGGUUCACUUCGAGACCACGUGACUUGACCGCGUGUGUCAAGGAAGGCGUCCGAAUCCAACAUUUUUGAUUAAAGUAGCUGGGUUUUAAAGAAGACUUGGGGAUAUUGUGGUCUGCUGAUGCGAGUUGUUGUUCUUGACCCUGCGUAUCAUCACGUCUCCCAAGAUUCUUCAUGCAAAUGACAUUCAGGGGUAUUUGGCAUUUCAUUCUGGCCAAAGUAACGACGACGGAAUCGAAAUCGAGUGCGGGACAUGUUUUUCUUGAAGUCUGGUUUUCAUCGACUUAACACAAAUCAAAGAUCACCUGAACGCUGGAUUUAUCGGAUGGUUUUCGUUUCACCCCCCCGGAUGGCCUUUUGGAAAUAUCCGUUAAUUUCAGUUCUUCAGACUAGACUGCGCGCGUAUCAAUUUGUCUCAUUUUGUGCUCGUAUUUCCUGCUUUCGAUGUGUUCGGGCAUCAUCAUUCUCGUAUUGUAGCUCCGUCCGAGUUGUCUCACUGGAGAGAUGCAUUGGGCAUGUUGGCAGUGCGACUGGGGCGUCGUUGUUUCCGGAAGUUGUCGAAUCGUUUCCGCUCGUUGUCGUAAUGUUUUUCAUUUGUUCAGCAAGAUUGAAAUACCAAAGCAAGAACAGCCUAAAAAUCAAACGCUGUUGGCGAUGCAGUACUCAUUGCUUUUUUGAGGAAGGUUUAAAGUUUUGUAUUUUUGUGGGAAAGCAAACUCCAUGAUCAUGUAAGAAGAAAAAAAAAGUCUUCUUACUUAAAUUCUAUGGAGACUAGAGAAGAAAAACCCAGUCAUUGUGGUGUUGAAGCAAGAUCUCGUGCCUAAGUGAAAUACUCAGUUUAUUAUAAGAUUUAUGGCAGAUUAGUCGCUUCGGAUGACCCAUAGACGAAAAAUAGGCUAUUCCGGCCUAGAAUGUUUUCGUUUUUGGUGUUUUUUUUUUCGGUGUUGGUGAAUGUGCAGGAGAGCUUGUGGUUUUUUUGCUAUUCAGAGAAACAUUUUUGAUGUAUUUGUAUCACGUGUGUUUUGGGUCAUUGAAUCGUAUGGGUGUUGUGCUUAUAGAUUCAUUGAUGAAUUACCAUGUAAUGUCCCGAGCUGCCACUUUCAUUGGUGGGCUAGCUGAGUCAAGGGAUUCAUGUUUUCGGUUCUUUAACGCGUUAGCCCCACUUUCGGACUUGGUUAUGAACUCCUUGUUCUCGGUUUCGUGGAUUAUUUGAUUUUGGUGUUUCGUGCUCCUGAUGAUGAGGGGAACCAUCGAGUUGGAAAAUCGCGAAGAGGAGGAAAACACCAGAUGUUGUUUUUUUCUGAUUC